AUGGCUUUGCAUCGGCAUCAGUCGUCUUUAGAAAGGGUAUUGGACUUCUCCGCCCCCUUUUCACUAAAUUCCCAACAGCGUCAAAGAGCAACAACACUUCUCAGAAGCCUCGUCCAGCUCUACGGCGUCGAGCAGACUAUCCGCCGCCGCUUUAAACCGGCGUCACUUAUCCAGCUCACAUUCGAACAUAUUAAAGCUCAAGAUGCAUUCCUCUCAUUCUAUUUCUCAUUCCUUUAUGAGAACCUAUGCCCAGGUGUAACGGAUUCGACGGAGCCAGACAUUACGGUUGCCCUGUCCUUCUUCGACGAUUUUUCUACCUGGGAUCAGAAUCAAAAGGAGGACGUCAAUCGUGCUUCUGAAAAAUUUGCUGAAUACAUCGUCGAGAAUUUUCUUCUCCCACUUUCUCGGAAGUUUGAUAAAAGCGAAGCUAGCAGGCGGUUGGAGCAGGAUGGUGAUGAUUUCAAGGAUGAUGACGGAAAUCCAUUGAAGAAUAAGCGAAACGACGAGUUCGGGUACCUGCAAGUUGCCCAUAUUUUGCCGCACUGCCUAACAGCGGUUGCAUCUCAGAACACUGAGCUAAGUGACUCGAAGAAGAAUGUACUCCGGAUUUUAGACAUGUUUGACCCCGGCAUUAUUCACCUUAUUGACGGCCCAAAAAUUGACAGCCCAUUGAACGCUCUUACACUGACAUAUGAUCACCAUCGGGAGUUUGGUGAAUUCAAGAUAUACUUCGAACCAACAAGCACCCAGUAUCAAUAUAGAAUUGACUCAACGGAGCAAAACCCCUCUCUACGCGAUCCGCUAUUCCCAGUCACCCGUACGCUGUUACUUAGCCCCAGUCGGACUAUUGACCCGCCAUCAGCUCAACUCCUCGGUGUCCAUCGAGCCAUUGCAAAGAUCAUGAAUCUUAGCGGCGCAGGUGAAUACAUAGAGGAAGUACUCCGAGAUUUGGAGGAGAUUAAUGUAAGGGCUGAUGGAUCAACAAACUUAGGACGUGUGAUAAAUUUGCGGCUUGGUGGCUGGCUUAACUCAUUAACUGUAUCUUAA